GAUACACGUGGAGAUCGUCGUCUUUUCUUUUCACCUCCCUCGCUCAUUAUCGAUUUAUUUUGCCGUCCAAUUUUUUCUCGGGUGAUCCUAUUGCGCCACUCUCUUGACACCUGUCUCACUCUGCCGCAUUCGCAGACUCACGACCCUCUUGGACUUGCAUAUCGUUCCUCCGCCGACCAUAUGCUUGCGCGUCCUUAACAUCAGAGCUUUUUGCUCGACCCUUGCGACUCCUGUCCACUUUGUCGCAUUGACUCUGUCAAAAUUUCUUGCUGAAACAUCCCAUAGUAUAUCAACUGAGAUCGCAUUUGGUCGUCUUCGUCAGCUUGAUUCGGCCGGUCGCGCCACUUUCAUUUCCAUUCUCACAUUAACACUGAUUAUCCUUUCUUUACAAUGUUUCUUCCCCGACCACUGUCGCGGGUGCGAACCUUACUGCUGGCAGUGGUUCUCGCCUCGAUAUUAACCUGGUCACUGAGGAAUUGGCGGCAACAGGUAGAGUCGCAAUCGACCAUAUCUACAGACGGGACAUUAUCAUCAUCCAACCCCCAAAAAAUGAUCGGGCAAGACAUCGAGGGCCACAUUCGGUUCUGGCGACAUCUCCAACAUCUGCUGGCUGUCAAUGAGCCGAAGACCGAACCGCCGCUGCGACUGGGCUCGGCGCCGUCCAUCCGAUUCGAAGAGGCGAAUCCGGACGACCGACCGGAGAUGCUGGACAUGCUGCCCGAGGAUGUCGAGGCGAUGAAGGGAGCGCAUAGUGGGUUCGUCGAGGAAAUCAAGAAGAAUGCGCCAAAAUUGCACUAUGCGCCCAACACGAGGGGGCUGGUUUCCACGGCGGGAGGCUCAUAUCUGCCGGUCUUGGUCAUCUCGCUACGAAUGCUGCGGCAGACAGGUUCCGAAUUGCCAGUCGAGGUGUUUCUGGCCGAUGAGGAGGAGUAUGAGGACUACAUCUGCGACGUGGUCCUUCCAUCUCUGAAUGCGCGCUGCGUGGUCCUCUCGCAUAUCCUGGACGCCGUUCCCAAGAUCAUGGACAUCCAGAAAUACCAGUUCAAGCUGUUCGCUAUGUUGUUUUCCUCCUUCGAGGAGAUCCUGUUCCUCGACGCCGAUGCGUUCCCGCUGCGGCAGCCGGAAUCGCUGUUCACCAGCGAGCCGUUUAAGUCCAAGAACAUGGUGACCUGGCCGGAUUUCUGGGCCUCCACCGUCUCUUCGUACUACUACGAGAUCGCAUCCCAGCCGAUGCCUGAAAAAGCCAUCCGCCAGUCCAGCGAGUCCGGCGAGGUACUACUCUCGAAGAAAACGCACCUGAAGACGCUUCUCCUCAGUACCUACUACAAUUUCUGGGGUCCCGAUCUCUACUACGCCCUACUGUCGCAAGGCGCCGCCGGAGAAGGCGACAAGGAGACGUUCGUCGCCGCGGCGCUCGCUCUGGAGGAGCCCUACUACCAAGUGUCCGAGCCCAUCUGCGCCAUCGGCCACCGCAUCAAGGACGGCAUGGCUGGCUCCGCCAUGGUCCAGUACGACCCCAUCGAGGAUUACGCAUUGACGCAGAAGGGCGAGUGGCGUGUGCAUGGCUCCAAGGCGGCGCCGCCUCGCGCGUUCUUCAUCCACGCCAACUUCCCCAAAUUCAACCCGGCCACGGUCUUCGAUGAACAAGCCGUCAAUCCGGCCUUCGACGAGAGCGGUAGCUACACGCGCGCCUGGACAAUCCCCGAGGAUGUGAUCGAGGGAUUCGGCACAGACGUGGAACGGCAGUUCUGGAAGGAGAUUCUCUGGACGGCCUGCGAACUGGAAACUAAGUUCAAGUCGUGGGACGGCCGGAAGGGGAUCUGUAAAGGGGUCAAGAAGUACUGGAAUGCUAUGUUCAUGGAUACCAAAUCUGAAAGUUAAGGCUCAGACCUACGAACCUCUCAUCCUUUUGGGUUUAUUGCAUUUACCUGAGCUGUUUGCCUUGGCAACGAUACCAAAGGAUUACGACUACAUUCACUUACCGUCUCAGAAAAGCCAAAUAUUGGCGAGCUCAACUCUUGCCCUCUCCAACCCUAUCACUCCACACCUUUUCUAUGAAAGCUCGGGUCAGCCGAUAUGUCAUCAGUGCCCACUGAAAUAUGUCAUCUGCCUUUCUUUGCCUUCUUCUGCUCUCCAGCGAAAAAGAGCAAGCGAGGGAGGAAAGACAUUGCAAACUAAAUGGCAUCCACAUCAUCACUGCAUGAACAACACUCCACACGAACAAACAGCUCAUCAGGGCAGGUCCCAUGCAUGCUGUCUGCUGACGUUUGUCAUGCGUCGACGAUGCAUUUGUUCAAACAACUGCGAGCAAAAUGGCCGAUUUUCCACUUCUCCUUUUCUCCUUCUCCAUUUCUUUUUCUCUUUUCGGUCUAUAUUGGUUAUCGUGGUUCUCUUAUAUUCUUC